AUGCAACAGGCAGUCAUGCAACAGGCAGUCAUGCAACAGGCAGACAUGCAGCAGGCAGUCAUGCAACAGGUAGACAUGGAGCAGGCAGUCAUGCAACAGGCAGACAUGGAGCAGGCAGACAUGCAACAGGCAGUCAUGGAGCAGGCAGUCAUGCAACAGGCAGACAUGCAACAGGCAGACAUGGAGCAGGCAGUCAUGCAACAGGCAGUCAUGCAACAGGCAGACAUGCAGCAGGUAGUCAUGCAGCAGGCAGUCAUGCAACAGGCAGAUAUGCAACAGGCAGACAUACAGCAGGCAGACAUGCAACAGGCAGAUAUGCAACAGGCAGACAUGCAGCAGGCAGUCAUGCAACAGGUAGACAUGGAGCAGGCAGUCAUGCAACAGGCAGACAUGGAGCAGGCAGACAUGCAACAGGCAGACAUGGAGCAGGCAGACAUGCAACAGACAGACAUGCAACAGACAGACAUGGAGCAGGCAGUCAUGCAGCAGGCAGUCAUGCAACAGGCAGUCAUGCAACAGGCAGUCAUCCAACAGGCAGACAUGCAACAGGCAGACAUGGAGCAGGCAGUCAUGCAACAGGCAGUCAUGCAACAGGCAGUCAUGCAACAGGCAGACAUGCAACAGGCAGACAUGCAGCAGGCAGUCAUGCAACAGGCAGAUAUGCAACAGGCAGACAUACAGGAGGCAGACAUGCAACAGGCAGACAUACAGCAGGCAGUCAUGCAGCGCACACAACCCAAAAUGGGCCGUAUGUACAAGGCUCUUGGAGAGGAUUAUAUGGAAGGAUUGGAUCUAUGCCAGGUGACAGGAAGCUGA